AUGAGAAAUAUUAUUAAAGAAAUGGUUAAAGAAUUGUUGGCAGUUGAAGAAGAGGAAACUCUUGUCAAUACUUUUUAUUUUGUAAAAUUUAGGAAUUCACUCUUAGAAAUAUUUCACUAGAUAUGAAGAUUAACAUUUCAGAUUCAUGAUGCAAAGUUUAAACUUCAUUUUUGAUUAAGACACACAUUUCAAUUUUAAUGAUGAUCUCAAUUAUAAAUAUAUUGCUAUUAUUUUUACAGAACAAAUUAGAAAUUACAUUAAGGAAUAGAAUGAUAAUGGAUUAAAAAGAUUAUGGAACAAAUUAAAUUUGUUAAAAAAAUAAAAAGAAACUGAUGAAAUUGAAGAAGGAUUUUGGGAUGGAUUAGACACAGAAAAUUGUAGUUAAUAAUCCAAAAAUAAAAAAUUUGGAAAAGAUGUAAAUAAAUUAUAUUAUAUAUAGAAACCUAAUUAAAAUGAAAAUGAAUUUUGUCAUACCAAAAAAGAAAUGUAAUUAAAAGAUCUAUUAAUUUAAUCUUUAUAAACUAAAAUUUUAUAAAGAGAAUAAAAGCUAGUUUAAAUUACACAAGGAUAUUUAAAAGAAUUAUAGUCUUUAAGAGAAUAACUAUUUCGAAAAGAUGCUGCUUUAAUUUCUAAAAAUGAGCAAUUUGAAGUUUCUUUUAUAGAUUUUACAGAAUUUCUUGAUCCUAACAUUAAAAAUUUAUUCACCACUCACAUUAUUGAUCUUAAAUUCUAGUUUAACAAUAAAAUUAUUGAUUAUAUCAAAUUAAUGUAAAAUUAUUAUUAUUCUUUAGAUAGGCUCAAAAAGAGGAAAUCUAAAACUAUAAAAUUUAACUUUAAAAAAUGAAUUAAAAAUUAAAUAAUAUUGAUGGUCCUUCUGAACUUUUAUAAAAACUUUUCUUGAUAGAAAAUAAUCCAUACAGAAUUUGGAAAUACAUUGCAGAUUAAAAAGGAUACAAUUUUUUUAAAGAAGUAUUUGAAUAAUAAAAAGCUGUUUAUGGUAUAAAUUAUUAAGAAAUCAAUAAAUUAUUAAUGACAAACAAACAUUUUGAGAGAGAAUAUUAAAAUUAUAAAGAAUAAAUUUUCUAAGAAUAAUUAAUAUUUUUUGAAAAAACUUUGUUAGAGAUAGAAGAAAUUAAGAAAAAAAAUAUUAGAUUAGAAUAAGAGAAGUUACAAUUUGUAACUUAAAAAGCACUUGAAAAAUAAAUAUAUCUUUAAUAAGCUUCUAAAUAUUAUGAUGAAAAAAUUCAACAAGAAAUAGAAGUUUUAAAUGAUUUCCAAAAGUAAGAAUUGUAAAUGAUUGCUCAAUAAACUGCUUAAGUUGAUAAAAUCAAAAUUAAAUAUGCAUUUAAAUUAUGGGUAGCAAUUAACAAAGUUCAUAAAAGUGAAGACAUAAAUAAAAUUUUAAAAGAAAAUUAAUAUUUUGAUGAUAAAUUAAUUACUUUAUCAUUAAAAAAUGAAGAAAUCACUUAAUAAUUGAUAAUUGAAAAAAAAGCACAUAUUAAUCUAAUAGCUAAAUCUUCUCUAAUGGAAUUUGACCUAGAAUAGCAAAAUAAAGAAUUAAUUCAUUAUAAAUGUAAUUUAAGAUAAUAUCAUUAUAGUUGUUGUUGAUGAUUUGAAAUAAUAAAAUGAAGAAUUAUAGGAAUAGUUAUAAAAAAAAGAAAGUGAAUAUAAAUUGCUUAAUUCAUUUUCUUAAAAAAUUUUAAGAUUAAUUGAUUCAAAAUUGGCUAAUGUAAAAAUUAAAAAAUAAAUAGUUAAAACCAUAAGACAUUAAUUUAGAUGAUAAAUCAAAAGAAGUAGUAAAAAGUAUAAUGAAUUCAAUAAAAUAAUUAAAUAUCAAAUCAUUAAGAUCUAUUGAAGAGAUAAGGCAACAAGGUUAAUUGAAUUUAGAAGCUUAUGUAUUAUAUUUAUUUGAUAAAAAGCAAACUCUUACAUAAAAAUUAAAAUAUAAUUAAGCCACAUAAACAGAAGUCGAAUAAUAAAAAUAAACUCAAUAAACAAAAACAUUAGAAUCAUAAGAAGAAUUCCAUAAGAAGCCAUAUUUGAAAUAAAAAUCACAAAAUAGUAAUGUAGAAGAAAUACCUAAAUAAUAAUAUUUAGAUGAAAUAAUUGAAAAAAAUAUUUAAAUAAACAAACCUAAAUUGAUAACUAAUCAACUUCAUGAUAAUUAAGAGGAUUUUCAAAAUUAAUAAAAAGAAUUUGAAGAGCAAUCAACUAAAUUAUCACCAUUAAAAGUGUUAUAAGAAUUUGAUUAUAAAAAUGUAAUAACUUAAAAACAAUAAACUAUUGAAAAAAUAUAGAAGUUUCAAGAUUAUCAAGACUAUUAAUCAGAAUAAGUUAUUUAAUUGUUAGAAGUUAGCGAAUAAGUAGAACAUGAAUAAACUGAAAAUAAAAUUAAAAAUUAAGUAAAAGUAGAAAAACUUAUUUAAAAAAAUGAAAAAUAAAAUUAAAUUAGAACAAAAUGUUCCACUAGUCAAAAAUAAGAAAGAAAGGAUGAUUUGAAUUAAUCAUAUUCUCUAUGGUCAACAAGAAAUAGUAGAGCAUUUAAAGUUAGAGGCAACUCUUAGAAUAAUAAUUCUGAAAUUCCAGUUGUUCAUUAAAAAUUGUAUGCAGAUAGCUAAGAAAAAGCUGAAAGAAUUAAAAAUUUGAAAAAUAAUCUUGAAAUUUUAGAAAAAAAUCAUUGGGAUAAAAUCUUGGAUUUAUUUAGUUAAUAACCAUCAGGUAAUUAUAUUUUGAAUAAGUGUAUUCCUUCAAAGGUCAAAGAAGCUUAAUUUUAAUUUCUUGAAACAACUAGCUAUUUCUCAUAACAUCACUAAAAAUAUUAUAAUUAAACUAAAAAUAAGACUCCUAGAAAGGAUUAAUAUAAAUCAUGGAUAAUGAAGUAAACUGGACACAUAGAUAAGAUGUUUGAAACAUUAAAUGUCCUAUCAAAGCCUGAUUAAGAUAUACCAAAUCAAGAUUAAAUAUUAAACUAUUCAACAUUAAUACCUAAUCACAUUUUUAAUGUUAAAAAGAAAACUUGAUUUCAUAAAUUCCUAAUUUCAGAGCUCAUAUUUUUUUUAUCGAUUUUAAGUUUUCAAAUAAAAUUAUUAUUUUUUAUUUACUAUUUNAAUAAUUGAAAAAAAUAUUUAAAUAAACAAACCUAAAUUGAUAACUAAUCAACUUCAUGAUAAUUAAGAGGAUUUUCAAAAUUAAUAAAAAGAAUUUGAAGAGCAAUCAACUAAAUUAUCACCAUUAAAAGUGUUAUAAGAAUUUGAUUAUAAAAAUGUAAUAACUUAAAAACAAUAAACUAUUGAAAAAAUAUAGAAGUUUCAAGAUUAUCAAGACUAUUAAUCAGAAUAAGUUAUUUAAUUGUUAGAAGUUAGCGAAUAAGUAGAACAUGAAUAAACUGAAAAUAAAAUUAAAAAUUAAGUAAAAGUAGAAAAACUUAUUUAAAAAAAUGAAAAAUAAAAUUAAAUUAGAACAAAAUGUUCCACUAGUCAAAAAUAAGAAAGAAAGGAUGAUUUGAAUUAAUCAUAUUCUCUAUGGUCAACAAGAAAUAGUAGAGCAUUUAAAGUUAGAGGCAACUCUUAGAAUAAUAAUUCUGAAAUUCCAGUUGUUCAUUAAAAAUUGUAUGCAGAUAGCUAAGAAAAAGCUGAAAGAAUUAAAAAUUUGAAAAAUAAUCUUGAAAUUUUAGAAAAAAAUCAUUGGGAUAAAAUCUUGGAUUUAUUUAGUUAAUAACCAUCAGGUAAUUAUAUUUUGAAUAAGUGUAUUCCUUCAAAGGUCAAAGAAGCUUAAUUUUAAUUUCUUGAAACAACUAGCUAUUUCUCAUAACAUCACUAAAAAUAUUAUAAUUAAACUAAAAAUAAGACUCCUAGAAAGGAUUAAUAUAAAUCAUGGAUAAUGAAGUAAACUGGACACAUAGAUAAGAUGUUUGAAACAUUAAAUGUCCUAUCAAAGCCUGAUUAAGAUAUACCAAAUCAAGAUUAAAUAUUAAACUAUUCAACAUUAAUACCUAAUCACAUUUUUAAUGUUAAAAAGAAAACUUGA